GAACAAACGUGAAUAUAAAAGUAAGAUGUCUAUCCUCAGUGGUGAAAGUACAUUUAUGCCUGAUAUCGAAUUUGGAGGUAUCAGCAAACUAGAGGGAAGAAGGAAUUCGAAUCUAGUAAAACUGCUGCACAUAAAUAUUAUUGGGAGGGCGGAAUUAAAAUUUCUAAAACCUAUUGGUUUUGAGUAUCUUCAUUUACAUGGAUUAACUAAAAUUCACAAACCAAACGUUCGUUUACGCUUAUUUUUAUCACUGUGUCGAUCACCACAUAACCUAGCUAAAUUACUGAAUCCUAUCCAAACACGUCUAUGUAAGUAUUCUGUGAAGGAUUCUUUUGAAUUGGUCGAUCAUCUAGGCAAUAAUAAUAUCAAGGGAAAGACAAUGUGUUCAUUUGACGUGACUUACCUGUUCACAAAUGUACCUUUGGAAAUGACUAUUGAAAUAUUUCGUGACCAAAUAUUUUUGAACGGCCUUAAAAAUAAUUACCUGUUCCUUUAAAAAUUUAGCACUAUUAUGUAC